AGUUGUAGUCUAUAUACGGGUACCGUAUGUGGUAUUGAUUUGUUAAAAGAAAAUGGACACACCAUCAAGCUCCAUAGCUGCCACACCAUCAGGACGAACGCCAGGCAGGACCCCUGCACAUGGUGAAGUUGUUCCCCAUCAACCAAAAGCAAUGAUAUAUAUUUGUGGAGAAUGUCAUCAAGAAAAUGAAAUAAGGUCUCGUGAUCCAAUCCGAUGUAGAGAAUGCGGUUGCCGAAUUAUGUACAAGAAAAGAACAAAAAGAAUGGUGGUAUUCGACUGCAGAUGAAAAGUUUUAAUGCACAACCAUAAUAACGUAAAUCCAUUGAAGAUUUUUCUUGUGACAGUGAGGGGAAAAGACUUUAUAAAUCGUCAACUUUCAAAUGACUACAGACUACAUAUUUGCACAGAACAUUUCUGUGAUCUACCAAGUUCAAUCAUAAUAUUGACAUCCUGUUCUUUUGUAACUGGAUUAUUGUACUCCACUGCCUCACCACAUGACUUUCUAUUUGAAAAUUUGUUCUCCAGUACAUUGUUUUAAAUAUUUGCUCUGGAGUAGGCUUAGAGUAAAUUUUUUUUUUGAUGGCCGGCCUGGCAUUUUUUAAACCCUGCUACUACAUCAAUAAACAUUAUAUUGAAUAAAUGGCGAAUGAUCUGUUUUCUAGUUUGACAUGCAAGCUGUUUGAGAUACAUUGGCAUUGUUAGACCUUUUUGAGCAUAAAUUAAAAAUUCAAUAGGACUUGUAUCCAACUAUGUUUUGAGAAAUGUUCAUACUUUGCACUGCAUUAUAUUAAAUAAGACUAAUAGAAUAUUCAUUCAGUGGUUUGUGGCCAAUAUGCAAAUGUUACCCCAGCGCAAGACGAUGAUGUAUGGGUCUAGUGCCUCUAGUGGGCUUGGCCAGUUUUGCAUAUGUUAUUCCUAACCCCCACCGGACUACGUCAUCCAAAAAUUAUAGCUUGCCGAAGUAUAGCUAAUGGCAACAAUCUCUCUCAUUUUGGGUUUGUUACAAGAAAAUAGCUUGCUCGACUUCGGUUAAUCGUCUGCGCGCUUUGGACAACCAUCCGUAUAUUUUGUUGGGGUUUAGGAAUGACGACCCCAAAAAUGAUUGACAAGUUCCAAAUUAUAUUCUCAACAUUUUGAAUAAGUUUGCAAAAUGACUUGGCAUUGCUGUAAGUGCCAUAACCCACUGGAGCAUAUGUGUACAUUUUCGUGUCCCUUGAUUUAAGCUGUGACAUGCAUGUAGGACAAUUUCAUUGAAAACUCAAUAUAAGAUCUUGGAUGCUAAUGCGUGUAAGCACAAUUUCAAAUUUGUAGUGCUACCUACUAUUCAUACAACCGCCUGUUGAUUUUAGUGCAUUUUAUUCACCAUUAGUAUUACAGUCAAGCUGGUAUGAAAUAUAAGGUAGCUCUUAAAUUUCUAAAUCAUUAUCUAAACUAGUAAAAAUUGUCUACUUGAUUACUGUAAUGGAGCAUUUCAUAAAAAGGAAUGAAAACCAGAUUUGUUCUGUUAUUAUAAUGUACAGAAUAGAAAAAUAUGACAUAUUCAUUUCCUAGAGUCAUUCUUCAUAAAAGGAAUAUGCUGGGAAUUGUUAUAUUGGGGAAUGCUUUAUUCUUCAGAACCAAUGAAGUACCAAAUUACCACUGAUGCAGUGUAAUAGAUAAAAAUACCCUAGUCAGAAACAUUUUUUGCUUGCAUAGCAUCAUGGAACUACAGCAAACUUAACAGAAAAUUUCUCAGUUUCUUCGGACAUGUUUUGCAGAUAACUGAUGGAAAGAAAUAAUUAAACAGUAUAAUAUUUAAGGUGUUGAUACAGUAAUCAUUAAAAAUCAUAAUACAGUCAGUAAAAUUGAUCGAUAAUUCAAUUGCAUGCACCUUGUGAAACGAUUAUGUGGAAUAAAUCUUGAAAGUACUAGAACCUCUGUUUGUAAUCCUUUGGUGCUGUAAAGAAUGAGGUGAAAAUGGUUCAGUGAGAUACAGCUAUCAGUGUUGAUCAUUCAAUUGCACCGUAUGAAAC